GUUAUCAAGUUAAGGAUAGAGAUGCGGAACUUCUUCGCAUGUGCUCACUCCGUGACCAAAGCUGAGCAGUGGAGCACUGGGAGGAUCCGCACCAUUGCAAAGCUCAGGGCUGCGAGCGGGUUGGCUAACCUUGACAGCGGGAAGUACAAGAUAGUAAGGACGAGAGGCGAGCGAACGAGACGGAACUCGCAGGUCAUCGCCCCGCACGACGUGGCCAUCUAUGGUGGCCUCUGUGCUCUUGCCACAUUCGAUCGCUCCGAGCUCGCGGCCAAGGUGAUGGAGGAUGCGGCGUUCAAGCAGUUCCUCGAGCUCGUGCCCGACUGUCGGGAACUUAUCUCCGACUUCUACCACAGCCGAUACUCCUCCUGCUUGGCUCUCAUGGAGAAGAUGAAGGGAGAUCUCAUGCUUGACAUGUACAUGAACCCACAUGUCGACAAGCUCUACGAGAUGAUCCGCUCGAAGGCCUUAGUCCAGUACUUCACGCCUUUCGCUUCCGUCCAGAUGCCGCUCAUGGCACAGGCGUUCAGCACGAAUGUGGCAGAUCUGCAGAAGGAGCUGACGCAGCUCAUCAUGAAGAAAGAGAUCAAGGCAAGGAUAGACAGUCACAACAAGACUGUGUACGCACGUCAAGCGGAUCAGGAGGUCAGCACCUUCCACCGUGCGCUGCAGAUGGGAAUGGAGUACGAGAGACAGACGACUGCUCUGCUCCUCCGUCUUGACCUCAUCCGCAACGAUCUUUCCAUCAAGGCGAACAGGAUCCAGGGGCCCCCACGAGGCGACAGGGACGAGGACUAGCAUGUCACGUACUGUACCAACAGAAGCCUAGCAGC